CGAGGACCCCGAGACGUUUCUGACGCCCCACGAAGAAGCCGAGCUGCUGCUGGGGGAGCUGCUGGCGAUGCGUUUUGGGAUUGACGCUCCUUUCCAGUCCUUGCAGGGUUUGGGGGUUUUGGACGUCUGCCUUGCCACGGGAAUUGUAAAAGACAUUUUCCCGCUGCACCUGCCCGAGGCCCGGCUGGCUAUACACCUCAAGCUGCAGCAGCUGCAGCAGCAGCAGCAGCAGAAGCAGAAGCAGAAGCAGCAGCCGCAGCUGCAGCUCGCCAAACCCUCGGCUUCUCUGGAGUCCAUGCUUGCGGCGUACUGCGGCUUCCCCACAGUGUCGCUGUUUGUGCUGCUGCGCGGCUGCUGGCGUUGGUGCUCCUCUUUGCUGCUGCUGGAGCUGCUGCUGCUGCUGCUGCAGCAGCUGCUAUUCCGCGGGGUGGAGGAGGCGUCUCGCGUGCGUUCAAUUGCUGCAGCAACAGCAGCAGCAGCAGCAGCAGCAGCAACGUCCACCUCCCUCGCCACGCAGGCCGUGGGAGCAGCAGCAGCAGCAGGAACCCUAGCUUGGGGUGUAUCUACAGACCCCCUGGGCGUGCUGCUGACUUCUAAUGCUUUUAAAGCAGCAGCAGCACUUGCUGUUGCUCUUGCCAUUCCCGUUUUCCUCGUUUCGUUGCAGAAGAAGGUAACGAACGAAGGGUUUAGGGUUUAG